AUGGAUACAUUACCAAACUAUUAUUGGAAGGAUAUAUUCUUGUCAUUGUCAGUGCGAGGUCCAUCAUUACUCGACAUUGUGUGUCUUGGUGCCACAUGCAAGAAGCUAAACAAUGUAAUGAAGAGCUUGUUACCAAGCUUGUUGCAUCCACCUGUCAACACCCCGCUACCACCCGGUCACCUAUUGAUCAACAAGCUAGAAGAACUCAAUAAUGAUGGCCAGGAGAUCACUGCGCUGACCUUUAGUCGACAGUUCAACACAAGAAUCACGUCUGGUUCAUUGCCGACGACACUACGCAGCUUGACAUUGGGCGAGAGUUUCAACACUUUGAUUGAAGACGAUGUGUUGCCAACAUCGUUAACAUCACUCGACUUGGGACUCCACUAUAAUCAACUGAUUGAGCCUGGACUGCUGCCUCAAUCAAUCACAAAACUCAGAUACAUGGGCGAUCAGGACCUGAGUGGCGUGCUGCCAAGGUCACUCAAAGAGCUGGUGCUGGGCUCGUUCGAUCAUGAGCUUGUACCAGGCACACUGCCCUCAUCCAUCACACGACUCACAUUGGGCAUGGCGUUCAACUGGAUGAUAGAAGAGGGUGUGCUGCCAGCCUCGCUCACACAUCUCACCUUUGGUUAUGUCUACGACGUGGAGUUGCUGCCAACAGCACUGCCGCGGUCACUCUUGAUCUUGAAGUUUGGCUUUAUGUUUGAUCAAGAUAUCCUGCCUGGGACCCUGCCACCAACGCUACAAUCACUCACCUUUGGCGGUAACUUUGAUCGACCACUUGGUCUCGAGCCUCUGCCUCCCUCGCUCACCUAUCUAAAGUUUGGCAACAACUUUGACAAUACCUUACCUGCAAGCCUACCUCCCUCGCUCACUCAUCUGGUGUUUGGUCGCGACUUUAACCAAGCACUGUUGCCAGCAAGCCUACCUCAAUCGCUCACCCAUUUAGUGUUUGGUAGCGAUUUUAGCCAAAGACUAGUUGGUAGAAUGCCUGUCAACAUGACAACUCUGGUCUUUGGCACGUCAUACACACAUGCGAUACACACAGGGCUACUCUCGUCAUCGCUCACCACACUUGAGAUGGGUCUCAACUUGAAUCAAGCACUGAAGCCUGGGCAACUACCAAAGACACUCACCAAACUGACAUUGGACUCGGCUUACGAUGCACAACUCACACGAGGAUGUCUUCCCAGCGGCCUCGUCACACUCGUCCUCGGAUCAUUCUACAACAAACCAUUGAAAGAUGGUGUGUUGCCAGAGACACUCACAUCAUUGACCAUGGGGUUCCGCUUCCAAUCGGCCAUCGACUUCCCCAACAGUCUCCAAACACUCAAUAUCGCCAACUAUCAUCAAUUACACUAUUUACAACUACUUCCACCAUCGACACAGUUAGUCGACAUUGAGGAGAUUGACACGGGUGGCGUCGACCUGACACUUCCAUUCGAAGCCCAACCUCCUGCACCUCACCGUCUAAGGCUUCUGACUACGCAAGUCAACUCUGACGAUCCAAUACCUAUCGCCAACUUUGAUCCAAAGGGUGAGGCGCGGGUACAGGUAGCACUGGUUCAGAAUAUGGCAGCAAUGGUACCCAAUGUCGAGAACUACUAUUUGACCAUCAGGAUGAGACAUGCCUUUAGUUAUUAUGAAGAACAUUCACUACACUUCCGACACAUGGACGAGCAUCACUUGCUCUAUGUGCUACUCACAAGUGGUGACCAAGGUCAACCAGAAUGUAUAUAUGGAAUCAUUCCUGCUGUACCCAAUGAGGAGGAAGAACAACAACAUCAAUCAAGUGACAGUGCUCGUGGUCAACGAUCGUCUGGAUUCAUGUCAUUCUUGUUCUCAAUAUUUAAAGGCUGGAAAUGA